AUGGUCCUAUGGAAUCUAGACGACCCGGGUACUGCUCUCAAAGCCAAAGUCGAACAGGCUGUAGAGACUUACGGCAAGCUGUCGUGCCGCGCGAUUUGUGAGCCGUUUCCCACGAAGCUUCCUCGUGAGCUGAGAGACGAAGUCUACGACCUACUCGUGGGCGAAGCCGGUCCCGCCCUUAUGAAAUCGCUUAUGUGGACUCUGAACUACAACGCAAAGGAUAUCCCGUUCCGGUCAGAGACGGUGCAACUCCGCUUCAUUGCGAAUCCGGACUUCGUUUCUCAACCCGUGGCUAAAGAGAUCGCUGAGCAAUGGUAUCGGAAAAUGAGGUUCGGGAUUCGCCAUCACGAAUUCGAACAGUUCACUCGCUAUGACGCUUGGGGUCAGGGUCUGAAACCUGCGGAAUUGGUCAACCAUGUGCAGAUCGCAGUAGACGAGAGGGAUUGCGAACUGCUGCGAGGCAGACUAGUGCUUCUGCGCCGGUUCAAACCGAGUUGCCGGGUCAUCAUCUGGAUACGGUCGAACAGUUUGUACUGGGAUAGGGACUAUGCGUGGAGUGACCAGAAAAGCGAAAGGCUCAUCGAAGGAUUGGAGCCACUCAUUCGCGGGUUGCGAGAGUGUAACGACGCGGGGCGGAACCUCGAGGUCUGGUGGGGCUACAAUGAUCAGCGCCGCGUUGAUCUUACGAUCGUGGAGUGCUCAAAAGAUGGGUGGCUGAAGAAGAUCCGUGAAGUCCGGGCAAAAAGGCCAUGA